GUCAAUUUGGGUUUGAUCGGUUAAACUAAUAUGAUUGGCUAAAAAGGUUGGCGAAACACGUCAAAUUGUGCCACUCUUUCGUGGCCCAAUCAGCGCUGGAGUUGGCCAGCAUAUGGACAUCCGUGAGUUGACUUCGCCUCUGUACACUCCGUGCAUCGUCGACUUGUUGUGUGAGUCCAAGACAACGCAAACAUGCAAGUGUACAUCAUUGCCGCCUGUGCCCGCAACCGUGUGAUUGGCAUCAACGGAACGUUGCCUUGGAGCAUUCCGCUCGACUGGAAAUACUUUUUGGACAAAACGCAAGGUCGCACGUCAAUCAUGGGACGCGUGUCCGCUGUGGAGUACCCGACCAAUGAACAUCGACCUGUGAUUGUCAUUUCCCGGUCGUGGCAAGCUGCCGGCAAGACUGCGCCCCACACCGAGGUGGCCACGAGCUACAGCCAUGCGUUGGAGUUAGCAGCAGCCCGCAAUCUGCCCGAAGUGUGGAUCUGCGGCGGCGCUUCCAUCUACGAAGAGUCCCUGGCGUCCGCGCACAAGCUGUUUAUCACUCGUGUCGAGUUGGACGUGAAGGGCGACACGUAUUUUCCCGAAUGGCAUGACCACUUUGAUGUGCUAGAGUCACGCGAAGAACACGACGAGAACGGAACGAGGUUUGCCUUUGAAGUAUGGACCAAGUCUAAGCCACCUAUCGUUUAGGUUACAGUAUUGCAAAUCAUGUUGUUGAUAACCAAGGGUCCAAACAAUAAAUAAUACCUACUCCGUUUAACUUUAG